AUGCCGCUGCUCCGGAGACCCCCGGGGGGGGCACAGGAGGACGGGGACCCCUUCGCCACCAACCCCGAGAGCCGGCGGCGGCGCCGCGCCACGCUGGGCGGGCUGCGAGGGACCGAGAAGGUGUCGCCGGUGGAGGGACAGGCCGGGGACGGCGCGGAGGGAGCGGGACCGCGGCCGGAGAGCGGCCGGAGGGACGAGGACGGCGGCAGGGACAGGGAGCCGCUGUCGGUGCUGGAGAUCCUGGAGCUGAUCCAGCGCCGGGAGCUGGUGGCGGCGGACGCUCAGAUCAUCGCUCUGGAGGCCGAGUGCUCCCUGUCGCCGUCGCGGCCGCCGUCCCCGGUGUCCCCCCCGGGGGUGUCCCCCUCGGCGGGCUCCCCUCCGCCCUCUCCUCGCCCCUCGGGCGGGCGGCGAGCCCGGGACGUGGCUCUGCUCUACCGGGCGCUGCUGGCCCAGCUCUGGGCCGUGGUGGCCGAGGCGGUGGCCGCGGAGCGAGCGGUGGCCCCGCUGCGGGCCGUGGUGGCCGUGCUGGAGCAGGAGGAGGCGGCGGACGCUCGGAGCCCCCCCGGCACCCACCCGGGGCGGCCUCGGGGGCUGCGGCGGCGCUGGAGCGAGGCGGUGGCCAGGGCGGCGGGCGAGCGGCUGGCCCAGGUGGCCCCGGCGGGCGGGUUGGGGGCCCGGCUGGCCGCGCUGGCCGCCAGGGUGGUGGGCGACCUGGGGGUCGUCAGGAGCCACGUGGCGCCCGCCUACCCCCCCGAGUACGGGGCGCUGGGGGUCUACGCCCGCGGCUACCACCGGGCGCUGGCCCAGCAGCUGCGGGCGCUGGCCCAGAGGCCGCUGGCGGUGCCCGAGCUGUACCUGCUGCUGGACUGGCACAGCAACGCCUACCCCAGGGAGGUUUUGGGGCACCCCGAGGUGGGGGCUCUGCUGCGGGCCCAGGAGCUGGGGCCCCUCCUGCCCCCCGAGACCCAGCGCGACCUGGAGAGCUCCUGCAUCGCUGCCGUCAAGGCCAAGGUGGAGGUGGCCGUGGCGCAGGAGCUGCAGCUCAGCGAGGACACAUGGCCCGAGGACGUCACCAGCCAGGACAUGGACGAGGGGCUGGCCACGCGCGUCAUCGGGCUGCUGCGGGCGCACGUGGACCGAGCCCCCCAGGUGACCCCCCGAGUUCGGGCGGGAGAUGGCCCACAGCCUGCUGGGCGUGCUGGUGGCCUUCCUGCACAGCUUCCAGCGGAAGGUCGAGCGGUUCCUGGAAGCCCCCGGAGAUGUCCCCUCCCCUGCCGAGGGCGCCCCGGCCCGCGCCAUCGCCUUGGCCAACUGCUGUCCCCCCUUCAGGUGAGGCCACCCGCCGUGUCCCCCGGCGCCCGUGUCCCCGCCGUCCCCUCCCCUGUGUCACCUGCCCGUGUCCCCCCCCCCCGACACCCCGGCAGGGCGUUCGCCGAGCGGCUGGCGCAGUUCGGGCACCCCGAGAGCGAGGAGCCGCGGCGCCAGGCCCACGCCGCGCUGGACAGGGUGACACGCGCCUGCGGCCACGUCCUCACCCGGCGCCUCCUCGAGGACCUCAAGCCCCACUUCGGGAAGCUGAUGAAGCGCAAGUGGCUGACGAGCUCGGACGCCUUCGACGCCAUCGUGAUGCGCGUCACCGGCUUCGCGCAGACGCUGCGCCCGCUGCACCCCGAGCCGCACCAGGUGCUGGUCAGCGAGCUGCACCGCCGGGUGCUGAUCGAGUACGUGCGGCCGCUGCUGCAGGGGCGCCUGGUGUGCGCCUCGGCCAAGGCGCGGGCGCGCGUGGCGCAACGGCUGGGCGACGAGGCCCGGCAGCUGCGGGAGCUCUUCACGCGCCUGGACUCGGCGUGGCCGUGGCUGGACUCGGUGGUGCCGCGGCUGCGGGAGCUGCUGGUGCUGGAGGACACGGCCGCGCUGCAGAUGGAGGUCGGGGCCCUGGCCAGGGACUUCCCGGACGUGCGGAGGAGACACGUGGCCGCGCUGCUGGACGCGCGGGUGCGGGCUCAGGGCCCCCGCAGGGAGAUCCUGGGGGUGCUGCAGGAUCUGGAGGGGUCGGAGGCCGAGCCGGGGCCCCCCCGGCACCGAACCUUCUUCUCGGAGCUGCCGGCGCCGCGCCCCGUGCGCUGCCUCCCGUUCCACCUGCCCCGGCUGCGCCUGCCGCGCCGCAGCCCGGCCAGGACCCCGCCGUGA